CUUUCAUUUUUCUCCUUUUUUCAAAUCCACAGAGAUCUCUCCUCACCUCAUGGCUCCAAUUACCGUCGGUGAUGUUGUACCAGACGGAACCAUCUCCUUCUUCGAUGAGAAUGAUCAACUUCAGACCGUCUCCGUUCACUCUCUCGCCGCCGGUAAAAAAGUCAUUCUCUUUGGUGUUCCUGGUGCUUUCACUCCCACUUGCAGCAUGAAGCAUGUUCCUGGGUUCAUUGAGAAAGCAGAGGAGCUGAAGUCAAAGGGUGUUGAUGACAUCAUUUGCUUUAGUGUGAACGAUCCGUUUGUGAUGAAAGCAUGGGGAAAGACAUACCCAGAGAACAAACAUGUGAAGUUUGUAGCUGAUGGGUCUGGAGAAUACACACACCUUCUCGGACUUGAGCUUGACCUCAAGGACAAGGGUCUUGGUGUUAGGUCAAGGAGAUUUGCUCUGUUGCUUGAUAACCUCAAGGUGACUGUAGCCAAUGUCGAAUCUGGUGGUGAGUUCACGGUUUCCAGCGCCGAUGAUAUCCUCAAGGCUCUCUAAGAAACGUACCACUCGUUUGUUGUCUUGUGUAUGUAAACCGCUGUAUGUGAAGUAGAGGAUUCUAUUAUCUAUAGCCUGAUUUCAGACAACAAGCAGGCAUAAUAAAGCGGUGUCAUUGUG